AUGCGACUUUGUGAAGUAUUCCGCGCAGCCAAGCUACCUAAAGGACAUCGCGCCAUUGGCACGAAGUGGGUCUUCAAGAUCAAGCGCAAAGCGGACGGAUCAAUUGACAAGUACAAGGCGCGUCUUGUGGCAAAGGGUUUCAAUCAACAAUAUGGGAUGGACUACACGGAAACAUUCUCGCCCGUCGUCAAGUACGUGACGACACGUAUGGUGAUUGCAGUCGCCAAGUAUUUCGAAUGGACCAUCGACCAAAUCGACGUGGUGACGGCAUUCCUGUAUGGUUUCAUGAAGGAACAAGUGUUCUGCGUCAUCCCUGAAGGCGUGGAAUUGGAGGGCUCCUUCGAUUGUCUGGAAUUGGUGAAGGCAAUUUACGGCCUAAAGCAAGCUUUGCGAGUAUGGAACGAGACUUUUGACGAGUUUGUGUGUGCUAUGGAUUUCAAGCGUCAAGCCUCGACCCGUGUCUCUACAUAA